AUGAGAGCUGAAGGAUAUGCAUACAGGAAUCAACGCAAGUUCUCCGAGGACAUCGACUGGUCGUACGCAGGAACUUUAAAUCAGAACAACUGGGCCAAGAAGUUCCCAUCCUGCAGCAACGCCAAGCAAUCCCCCAUCAACAUCGAGGAGAGUCUAGCCCAGGUGAAGCUUCAGUUUCAGAAGCUCCGGUUCGAGGGCUGGGAGACGCUGACGGCCGAAAGGACAACCAUCAAGAACGAUGGGAAGACCGUGGCGGUGGACGUGGACGGAGACUUCUACGUCAGCGGAGGAGGUCUCAGGUCAAAGUUCAAGGUGGGGCGUAUCACCUUCCACUGGGGGCGCUGCAACGCGUCCUCAGAGGGCUCCGAACACAGUCUGGAUGGAAUCAAAUACCCUCUGGAGAUGCAGAUUUUCUGCUACGAGGCGCAUCUCUACGACUCUUUAGAUGAAACCAUAAAGGCUGGAGGCAGGAUCACAGCGCUCGCCGUGCUGUUUGAGACGAGCGUUCAAGACAACGUGAACUACGCGGCCAUCAUAGACGGGAUCAACAGCGUGAGCAGAUACGGUAAAAGUGCGGAGGUUUCGCCCUUCGCCCCGAGAGGUCUCCUGCCAAACUCCACGGAUAAAUACUUCAUUUACAACGGCUCUCUGACCUCGCCUCCCUGCAGCGAGACGGUGGAGUGGAUCGUCUUCAAGAACACGGCGGCCAUCUCUGACGACCAGCUGGAGAUGUUCUGCGAGGUGAUGACGAUGCAGCAGGCGGGAUACGUGAUGCUGAUGGAUUAUCUGCAGAACAACUUCAGAGAGCAGCAGCAGCAGUUCAUGGGUCAGCUGUUCUCCUCCUACACUGGCACCGAGGAGCUGCUCUCUCCAGUGUGCAGUUCUGAGCCGGAGAACAUCCAGGCGGUGCCGCACAACCUGAGCAGCCUGCUGGUGACGUGGGAACGUCCGAGGGCCGUGUACGACGCCAGCAUCGAGAAAUACUCCGUCAGCUAUCGCCUGGACAACACUCUGAACGCAGCGCCCUUCAUAUACCUGACCGACGGAGACCAGGACGUGGGGGCGAUACUGGACGACCUGCUAGCUAACACCAGCUACGUGGUGCAGGUGGUGGCGGUGUGCACCAACGGUCUGUUCGGACGUGUGAGCGACACGCUGACCGUCUCCAUGCCCGUACACGACCCCGAAAAUGCAAUGGAUCCGGAUUCAAAUGAAUUUGACGAAGAGGGCAACUAUGAACCCGAUCUGUCUUGGAAUGAACCUAUCCAAAUUGAGGAUUACAAUCUGGCCUGGAUUCCUACAAACCCCCCAAAGACCACGACUUCUCCAUCUCCUGUUUUCCCUCUCCCUGGCAUCAGAACCACGACAGCAGAAACUGGUCGGAGGAGAACCACAACUGAUCCCACGGUCAGAUCCACUUCGCAUGGUCGAGUCCUAAUCAAGUCUGAAGAGAACACACGUCGCAGUACCACCACAAGUCCAUUAGAGAUCACAUCACCCCCGAAAACCAGGGGAAGUGCUAGUGGCAAUGCUCCCUUUUACUCCACAACAACCACCAAGAAAACCUUAAUUGCCACCUCCACUACUCCGUUGUACCCCAAUGCAAAGACGAAUGGUGUUCUAGAAGGCAUCAGUCCAAAAGACUCCAAAAGAGUUGUUAGUACCACUACUCCUACACCCACAAGUGCAAAGACAAAAGGUGGUAAAGGUCAUUCUUCAUUCAGCUCCACCACGACCACACUGAGUUCUCGUACCCGUGACAUGAGCAGCACAACGUCAUCGUCCUUCGUCCGGGCCAAGAUCGAGCAAGACCUGGGGCGUCCCAUAAAUGAAGAAACCACCACCAUGUCUGCUGGACCCGGAAGUCUUCCAGAGGUCAAAACAUCAACUUCUCGACCAUCCUCUUCGGGUGAAGCUGUUCCAAGUAGGACCACAAGUCGUGGAAUGCCUCAUUUUUCAUCUACGACAACCUCUGUGGGGUUGGGUGGCGUUCUCUUGCAGACCACACAGCCGAUGUCCACUGGUGAGCGUCCUUCUGUCCUCCCUUCCACCUCCUCCUCUUCCUCCUCCUCUUCCCCUCUAUGUGACACUGCGGACCCCUCCACCUGCCUGCAUGACCCUCCCUCCUCGUCCUGGCCUUUGUUGUCUGCAUCGGACUCCCAGCAUGCUGCCACCGCUCCGCAGUCUGGCAAAGAUUUGGCUUUUCCUUCAAACCCUAUGCUCCCUGCUUCCGCCCUUCCUCACCCCUCACAGCCCCUGUCUGGUUGGGUGACUGACCCUGGUGUUGGGUUAGAUGAUAAUGAUAACGAUGGUGAUUUGUUUUCCGGGUCUUCCUCUUUGACGCAGUCCUCAGGUGACCUUUCAGUCUUUAGCGGUACCCCUCCUUUACAAACGUUGCCGGAUCCGUCUGUUGCCUCUGAACCGUCCGAAUCCUCCUGGGAUCCGUCUCUCUCAACACUCUCUCUGUCUCCCACCCUUCAGCCUUCAGUUUUCCUCUCUAGCGACUUCACCCUUUCCACCACAACUCCGGGGUCAUCCCGCUCUUUCCCAGUUGCGUUUGACGACGCAAGGUACGCCAAGGGGAGCGCGAUAGAGUCUUUUCUCCCCGAGGUUAGCGGUGAUGGGUUUCCGUUAGUUAGCGGCGUGGACUUGGAGUGCGACUGUUCUCUGGAGCCUUCGGAGUCCUCGUCCUGGUUGCAUGCAUCUCCUCACGUCCCCCUGCCGUCCUCCGCCUGGGCGUCUGCUAGCUUAGAGCUUUACUCUAGCGUAGGUGUCCCUUCAGCCUCUGGUGUUGGUAUAGACGAUCUUCUACGUUCUCCGUCCGUAGCGGGAUCUGAUGGUGUGUCCUUACAUCAGCCUCUCCUUUCCCAUAUCUCGCCGUCAUCGUCCUCUUCACACUCCCUCCUUUUCCAGAUCACCCAUAGUGACCCGCCCAUUUCUGUUGCAGCCCCUGGCGUCAGGGAUUCCUGGUUCUCCGCAUCAGACGAGAACCCUCCCCUACAAACUUCUGCCCAAACUUCCUCACCCUCAGCCUCCCCCUUCACCCCUACCCAAGAAAGACAGGCUUUAGACAUUAGCAGCAGUGCCUCCGGUUCGGCCCUGUUCCCCUACUCCCAGGAGGGCUUAGAUCAGGAGUGGGACAGGGUUCAAACCUCGGGAUCUGGAGACAGCGCGUUGACUUAUUCAAACAAAGUUACUAGCACCGCAGCUCCGCCAACAACCUCUGGGUCCGGCCAGUCCUCGGGUGAUUCGGACGAUCGCUCCUCAGCGUUUUAUUUUGAUAGCGAGAGUGGCAGUGCUGUCACCACGGAGGUAGGAGGCUCAGCGACACCGACCGUUCCUGCUGUAACCUCGACUUCACCCUGGUCGCUGGGCAGGGAGGAGGAGAGCGGCUCAGGUCAGGGUGAAAGCCUGUACGACAACGAGACGUCCUCAGACUUCAGUAUCCCCGAGCGCACAGAAAGAGAGUCCGAGAAGGAGGAGCCAGUCGCAGAAGCCAGUAACAGCAGCCAUGAGUCCAGAGUGGGUUCGAUCCGGGAGCGAGAGAGGAAAGCUGUGGUUCCUCUGGCCGUCAUCUCCACCCUGACCGGCCUGGGACUCAUCGUGCUCAUCGGGAUCCUCGUCUACUGGAGGACCUGUUUUCAGACGGCUCACUUCUACAUCGAAGACAGUUCAUCACCCAGAGUCAUCACCACAGCUGUAUUAGCAUCUGACGAGCAGACAUCUUUCCCGGUGAAAGACUUCGUGAAACACGUGUCCCAACUUCACGACUCACUCGGCUUCCAGAGAGAGUUCGAGGUUCUGAAGGAGAGUUACGAGGAGGUUCAGACGUGCACGGUGGAGAUGGGGAUGACGACUGACAGCUCCAACCAUCCCGACAACAAAAAUAAAAACAGAUACAGCAACAUCCUGGCCUACGACCACAGCCGGGUGCGCCUCACCUCGCAGACGGACAAAGACGGGAAGACGACGGAUUACAUCAACGCUAACUUCGUGGACGGUUUUAAGAAGCCGCGGGCGUACAUCGCCGCUCAGGGUCCUCUGAGGUCGAGCACCGAGGACUUCUGGAGGAUGAUCUGGGAGCAAAACGUCUGUGUCAUCGUGAUGAUCACCAACCUGGUGGAGAAAGGGAGAAGGAAGUGUGAUCAGUAUUGGCCGGUGGAGGUGCAGGAGGAGUACGGAGGCUUCCUGGUGACGAUGAAGAGCAGCCGGGCGCUCGCCUACUACACCCAGAGGACCUUCACCCUCAGGAACACACAGGCCAAGAAGGGCUCCCAGAAGGGCCGGAUAAAUGAGCGCACGGUGACUCAGUACCAUUACACCCAGUGGCCCGAUAUGGGCGUCCCGGACUUCGCUCUGCCGCUGCUCAGCUUCGUCAGAAAGUCCUCCAGAGCCCGGACGGAGGACAUGGGGCCGCUGGUGGUGCACUGCAGUGCUGGUGUCGGUCGGACAGGAACGUACGUGGUUCUGGACAGCCUGCUGAAGCAGAUAAAAGACGAACGCAGCGUCAACAUCACCGGCUUCCUCAAACACAUCCGCACACAGAGGAACUACCUGGUGCAGACAGAGGAGCAGUAUGUUUUCAUCCACGACGCCCUGGUGGAGGCCGUCCUCUCCGGAGAGACGGAGGUUUUGGCGUCUCACCUGCACAGGUACGUGGACGAGCUGCUGACCCCGGGACCUGCAGGAAGGACACGUCUGGACAAACAGUUCAAGCUGGUGUGUCACUCCGCAGUGAAGCAGUGCGACUUCUCUGCAGCGCUGCAGGACUUCAACCGCUGCAAGAACAGGAGCUGCUCUGUGGUUCCUGUUGAGAGGUCACGAGUGCGCCUGUCCACGUUGGCUGGAGAAACAUCGGACUACAUUAAUGCUUCGUACAUCACAGGUUACAGGCAGAGCAGCGAGUUCAUCAUUACCCAGAAUCCCUUGCCUGACACCAUAAAGGACUUCUGGAGGAUGAUUUGGGAUCACAACGCCCCGGUCAUCGUGUCCCUGCCGGGGGCGGGCCAGACGGAGGCGGAGGUGGAGCAGAGUGCCGUCUGGCCCCGUAAAGGAGCCCCGAUCAGCUACCAGAUGUUCACGGUCUCCCAGAGGAGUGAGAACAACAUCUGUCUGACCAACGAAGACAUGCUGGUGGUGCGGGAGUUCGUCCUGGAAGCAACUCAGGAUGACUUCGCUCUGGAGGUGAAACAUUACAGCGCCUCCUGCUGGCCGAACCCUGACAGUCCCAUCAGCAACACCUUCGAACUCCUGAAGCUGGUGAGAGAGGAGAACGCCGCCAAGGACGGACCCACCGUGGUGCACGAUGAUGUGGGAGGAGUCACAGCCGGGACGUUCUGCACUCUGUCCUCUCUGGUUCAGCAGCUGGAGGUCGAAGGGUCGCUCGACGUCUUCCAGGCCGCCAAGCUGACAAACCUCAUGAGACCGGGGAUCUUCAGCGACGUGGAGCAGUACCAGUUCCUGUACAGAGCCAUGCUGAGUCUCAUCGGGACACAAGAAGACGAGGACACUCUGAAAUCCUCCGACAACAACGGGACGAUCGUGGUGGGAACCGCCAGCACCGCCGAGAGCCUUGAAUCCCUCGUGUAAUCGCCCCAAAACACACAGAGAACUUUAAACGAGAAACAGCCUUUUUAUUAUCCUUCCUCCUCAAACACCAACAGAGCUUCCCCUGAUGCCAGACUAAGAUAAAAAAAAUAGUUUGAGGCCGAGAGAGAGUGUCCUCUUUUCGCUGGAUCCUGACUUUUGUAACGUGUGCCUUUUUGUAUUUUUCAUCCUGUACUUUCUAACUUUGUUACAAGCUGUAGACUAACUGUGCGAUUUAUUAUAACGCUCUCACACUAACACACUCUUCCUAAACGUUUUGUAUUUAUUGGCACUGAGCCAAAUGGGAUAAAAAAGGGCAUCUUUUUACAUUAAAUGAGAUAUUUUGUUAGCUUGUCUUUUACAGAGCUCCUGCACUGAACUCCUCCUCUGUAAAUACCAUCGCAACGGUAGCAGCAGUGUGCUAUUGGAUGAAAUAAGGGCCUGGAAUAAUACAAAAUAAUAAUAAUCUAAUGUAAAUAAUAUUAUAGUAAUCAACUCGAUGGACCAAAUUUCUAUUUAUACUUUUAGAUUUUUAUAUUUUACCAUUUGUAGCGCUUUUCAAAUGUUAUGGUUUUAAUAAUAAUUGCUUAGUUGGAGGACAUUAAUGUUUUUAUAUUCUGACAUUUUGUAACAGACUAAAUGUGAUGCAUGGGAUACUGACAUGUUUGUUUUUUUAGCUGGACAUGAAACACUGCUGGAUUAUUAGAUAGGGCAUUAAAUACGUGAAAGAACACCAAAAAAAA